CUGUAAGGACUCAAAGGAGUCCAUUGAUAUUUGAGAAAGUCGCGCAAAACCAACACCUCAGCAGACGGCGAGAGGAGAGAGGGUUCUGGAGAGAGAGAGAGUGAAGACCCCGCUCUCUCAGUUGCCCAUUCCAAUGAUACUAGUACACUGUAGUUUUCAUACUUUAAAGCUUUUCAGAUAUGUUAUAGAAGAUAAUACUAUAUCACAUCUCCUCUUUAGACAAGUUCCCCGUGAUGUCUAAAGGGAAAGAAAAACCUUGAAGAUCCAUUUUGUCUGUUACAUGUGUCUGGAUAUGCAGAUCACGGGGCUGAUUGAGUUCUAUCUUCCCUGAGUUUGAAGUUCUCAUAGAACUCUUCUUGUGUAGAAGCACUGAGACAUCAAGUUGUAUUCUUGGAGACAGGAACAUGCCACAACAGAAGCCCUAUGAUAUCCAAACACUACACAUAGGCAUCUACUACUCCUUUUGCCUGGACUCAUUCUGAAAUAACUUUUUUCUGCGACUAAGAUUAGCAGAAAUUACUUUCAAGGAAGUAAGGAUGCAACCCAAACCUUAUGCUGCUGUUCCCUUGCGUUCUGUUCCCCCUAUGAGCGAACCAUCAAACAAUACCAACUUUGGGCCUAAACCAGCAAAGGCUAAGAAAAAGAAGCCUGCGGGAAAGAGUACAGACCAAUUUGUACCUAGGGUAUGGGACACACAACCAAAAAAGAAAACUUCUGCUUCAAAAAAGACUAAGAGGCAAUUUGAGCCAGGAUCUAAAGUCGAGAGGAAGAAUCCGCAAGAAUUUUUCAAUGAAGCAGAUUUUGAUUUUUCCCGGGUACCUGCCCCGUACUGUUCUUGUACUGGUAAUGCUAGAGUUUGCUACCGUUGUGGUGGAGGAUGGCAAUCCACGUGUUGCACUAACAACGUAUCCCAAUAUCCCCUCCCCAUGAGUUGCAUGAGACCUGGGGCUCGCCUGGCCCGUGUAUGUGGGCGGAAAAUGAGCAGUGGAGCAUAUCGGAAUCUUCUGUGUAAACUGGCAUCUGAGGGACACGACCUUUCUCAUCCAGUUGACCUGAAGAACCACUGGGCCAGACAUGGUACGAACAUGUUUGUCACCAUUAAGUAGGAUGAGCAAAGUUUGUGGUGAGGUAAAUAUUAGCUUCUUUUUUCUUUUUCUUCUUCUUCUUCUUCUUCCUUUUUUUUUUUUUUUUUAACUUCAGUAAAUUAUAGCUUGUUGAUAUGUUGUUUCCCUUCCUGUUUUGUUUGUGUUGUAUAUAUCCUUUCGGCGGUUGGGAAUAUGUGUUUGGCAGCACGUUUAACCCUAAUAAAUUAUGUUCUUCAAAUA